UACCAUCUCUCUAACCCAACCAGUCAGUGUCCCAACAGCCUCCAGAAGCGUUGGCGGUCUCCAGCGAAUCCCCCCUCUGUGCCUCCUCCCUCCAACCUGACUUUGUCUGCGCGCAAACUUCCAGCAGCGUUCAUCGUGAGCGGAGGCAACCACCAUGGAUGCGCCACACGAGGCAGACCUGACCAACUGAAGGCACCGCGCAAAGUUCUGCCACGGAGACCACCGUGACACUGACCCAACAAACACACAACUUUUGUGAUCCUGAAGAGUUGCUCCCCCCCCCCCGUCGCCUGCCGGUCGGGAUUGAUUGGAUUCUGCGGCGCUUCCUUCUUUUUUAUGUCCAGCCGGGGAGACGUGUAGUUUUUCGGGGGUGGUCUUCUAUAAGGAAGGCGACAUGCAGGUUCUCGGUUGGACCAUACUUCUCCUUUGCCAGUGGAUCCUACGGAAGGUCCAAGGGUUGGAGAAGCAGGUGAAGUUCUCAGAACUGAGCCCAGUGGGGUCGGUGAUGAAGACGCUUCCGUACGGCAUGGGUGGGGGCACAGUGGGAGGAUCAACAGGGGGAGUGGUUAAACCGCCGUACCAAACCCGUAUCUUCUCCACCUCCAUUGACCAGACGGCCAUGAAAUCCAAGCCGCCCACCUACAGCUACUUCAACCCGUACGACUCGGCCCGGAACCAGUCUCUGGUCCUGGACCAGACAGGGUACCGCUCCAAGCGCAAGCCCUCACUAAAGACAGCCAUGAAGACCAAGAAGAUCUUCGGCUGGGGGGACUUCUUCUUCAAUGUCAAGACCAUGAAGUUCAGCUUGUUGGUGACUGGGAAGAUCGUCGACCACAUCAACGGGACGUUCACCGUUUACUUCCGCCACAACUCGUCCAGCCUGGGGAACGUGUCGGUUAGUAUCGUGCCACCGACCAAGGUGGUGGAGUUCGAAGUUGUCCAGCAUCUGCACCCCCACACUCAGCAGGACGUCCAGGUCCAGGAGACCCAGCAGUCCACCGGCAACACGAAAGAGACAAAGACCUUCAACUGUCGGAUGGAGUACGAGAAAACCAACAGGUCCAAGAAGCCCAAACCCUGCCUGUACGACCCUUCUCAGACCUGCUUCACGGAGAGCACCCAGUCCCACGCCAGCUGGCUCUGUGGCAAACCCUUCAAAGUGAUCUGCAUCUUCAUCUCUUUCUUCAGCAUCGACUACAAGCUGGUGCAAAAAGUGUGUCCGGACUACAACUUCCAAAGUGAGCACCCUUACUUGGGGUAAAUGAGUGAGACUGCAACAAAAAAAAAAGGAAAAGAAAAAGAGACAGUGAAAACGAUGACGAUGAUUAUAAUGAUAAUGAUGGAAAUCAUAGUCAUAUUGAUUACGAUGAAGAAGCAGGGGACAGUUUUUUGCCUCUAAACUGCUGUGAAUUGUGGCGUAAAAUCAAGUAUAAUCAAGUUAUGGAUGGUUAGGAGAUGGCUGAUUUCUCUAACUUAUUUUCCAACUUUGUAUUUGUUAACCUCUGUCUUCGUCUGUUUUUUUUUCCUGUAAAUAAUGUACUCAACCUCAGCACACUUAUUGUUUUUAGAUAUUUGUUUCUCAGUGUUAUUACUUUGUGCAGUGGGAGAAUUCGGUUGAAAACAUCUGGAAUCAGUAUCACGGCCUCUGAGUAAAAAGGGAGCCUCGGAGACGGCCGUGCAGUGCCAUCACUGUAUGGCAGAGAUAAUGUUAUCGUAGAGUGACUGUUAAUUAUCCUCUCAGCUCUACCUUUUCCUGGAUAUAAGAGAGUUAUAUGUAUGAGAAAUGCUAUGCUGGAUAUGCAUACAAUAUACUGUAUGAAAAAGCACAUUAAAAUCUCUUAAACUGUC